AUGCGGCGUCGAGUCGAAUAUAAGGGCGAACGUCCUGACUUUAUCCAGGGUCUCUUGCAAAAGAGCGAGCAAUUGAGCCUAGGCGUGGAGGAUCUCGCCUCCAAUGCUCAAAUUUUCAUCGGUGCUGGUGCCGAAAGCACAGCGACAUUGCUUAUGGGCGUGGCAUAUCUCCUUCUCAAACACGACCAUGUCUAUGAUUAG